CCGGGUCUAGCGCCCCCUCGGCUCUCCCUUGCCCGCUCUCCCGGAGGUGCGAGCCUGCCGCGCUCCGUAGGUAUUACUCGGAGCUUCCUCGGCGCUUCUCGUGGCGCCUGCGCGACCCCGCCCACCCCCACGCGCGGGCUAGCGUCUCGGUUGCCGUCCGGCCCCCGGCCCGCCGUUCCCGGCCCUCGCUUUCCCUGUCCGGCCGGCCGCAGCUCGAGCACCAUGCUCUUCUACUCCUUUUUCAAGUCCCUCGUGGGCAAGGAUGUGGUCGUGGAACUCAAGAAUGACCUGAGCAUUUGUGGAACCCUCCAUUCUGUGGAUCAGUAUCUCAACAUCAAACUAACUGACAUCAGUGUCACAGAUCCUGAGAAAUAUCCUCACAUGUUAUCAGUGAAGAACUGCUUCAUCCGGGGCUCAGUGGUCCGCUAUGUGCAGUUGCCGGCAGAUGAGGUUGACACACAGUUGCUACAGGACGCAGCAAGGAAGGAGGCCCUGCAGCAGAAGCAGUGAUGGUUCCUCCUGCUCUCUGUCCCUCUUCUGUUGGUGACCUUUAACCUCAAGUCCCAGCCAGGACCCCUCCCUCCCCUUGUUUUGUUUUUUUAACAGUGGAACCUUUUUUUUUUUUUUUCCUAUUAUUUCAGGGAUGAGUGGAUGAGAGGAAAUAAUAGUGGGGAGCAGCUCUCCUCUGUUGAGGAGGGGAGGAUAAGUAGGCUGGGAAACCGCAAAGCCUACCUUGUCCUCAGCGCCUGUCCUUCUCACUCCUUCCCUGGAGUGGGGAGAAUCUCCUAGAUUUCUCCAGGGCACCACCAUGCGAUUCGUUUUGGGGACGGAAGGAAUCUGUCCCGCAUCGGGAAUAAACUUAUGAUGCACAUUUGA